GAUCGUCACGCGUAAAAUCGCGCGGGUCGAACCCUGACGGACCUUAACGUCUGGACCCAACGGCUCUGGGACACAUAUAAACCAGUGACAGUGCAGCGGAUGACCAAAGUCGCGACACACCUCCUCCACGAUCUGUCAGUGACGUCCAAUCGUGCCUUAACGCGUCGUUUUUUCCGCGGUGUUGUUCAAUAUUCAUGAAUCUCUUCCUCCGCGACGGUGUGCCAUUGUUUACCGUUUCCCAAUUCACUCGCACGCUGCGCAUCGUCCAGGAAUCUUCUCCUACGGAGGAUUAACGUUUUACCUACCUAACUCGGCCUAUUCAGGGCGCGAAGGGGGGGCAGAAGUGUGCAGGAUCGUGCAGGAAGAAGUAGAAAUUGAAGACUUCUUUCUGUAUUAGGAUCAAUUUGAGAUGAAGACCUGUGCGCUUUCAAGUCUGGCAUCCAGCUCUACCUGUCAACACCUGACUCGAUGAUCACGCAUCGCCGUUUCCGCGAUUCGAGCAGCUUGCGUGGUGCAUCUUCUCGCGGCCGCCGACACACGUGUUCUGAAACGGGCAAUCGCUCAUCGCGUCACGGUGGAUUCGUUCUACGGGACUCGGACAACGUUAAUUAUGUGAUUUAACCGUUACGUUCGUAUCGUGAUACCUGCCCUCGCCAUCGAGGACGAUAAGAGUGAAAGAAGUGAUAAACUCAACUGGUUCAAGCGGCUCGAGCUACGUCAAAGACUUGGGACGAAGAUGAGGCACUUUUUAGGGGUAUCGAUCUUUAUAUGUUUGGUGAACGCACACGGCGAGCCCUGUCUCGAGUACGGAUGUCCAGGGCGACCGCGGUACGAACUCUUCGUUCCAGCGCCUCCAGGGCACACUCCUAGUUGCGCAAAGCCUGGACAAACGUUCUGUGAAAGUCUCGAUCACUAUCCUAGGCAGUUGAUUAAAUUCCUCGUGGAGAAAUGUAGCUUCGACUUCAGCUCUGCCCUGCGGGACGAGUCCAAAGACGAUUUCAACACUUACAGGUGGGCCCCAGAUUACCCCGAGGGUUAUGAUUACCCCCCGCGGGGAGAGCAGCAAUUACACUCGCAAGCGUUACCAUUUCUGCCGCCUCAGUAUCCUCUGAGAGUGCAGCCGGCUUUAAUUUAUGGCACUCCGUCCAACGGCACUCGCCAGGAUGGUUACAGAUACGCCACGCCCGAUCAAUCGCAGAGAAAUCCGUUUCUGAGCGACGGGACGGCCAGCGUCAAGUACCAUCCUGGUAGCCAACGCGCCAACGACGGCGCCUCCUACUAUCCACAGCCACAAUCGCUGAACUCGUUUGGACAGAGUCAGACAUGGUGGGCAAACAGGUAUACGCGGAACAGCAAACCUGCGCCCCGCUCGAUUUACGAGAACCCGUUGCUGAGGUACGCCAAGUUGGCCAAGUCGCGCGACAAGAGGCAGUCGAACAAUCUAGACGCCAUCACGCUUUGUCCGACGAAUUCGCAGUACAUAGCUCCCAGGGCAGCUCUGAACAACGAAGGGAACUGGAUGUACGUGGUGAACCUCCAGGACCAGGACCAGAAGUACUCGCAACUAGUCAAAAGCGAGAUCUGCACGACGAGCGUCUGCAACGGUAUCUGCUCCCUCCCAACGGGUUACACGAGCAAAUGCCAGCAACAAUACGUUCAAAAGAGGUUAGUGGCCCUACGAGGAACCGGAAACCAACUGUACACCGACGUGUUUUGGUUCCCACACGGCUGCACCUGUCAGAUUAUGCUUAAUUAUUGAGAGCGUACGGUAUUAACGAAAGUUGGCAUAGCCGUGGAAAGAUUUCUCUGUCCGGAGGGUAACCUUGGGUCGAUCGUCCAAGGAGACGGAUGACGCAGUAUUAUGGAACUCCCGUGAUCGAAUCCCAAGGAUGAAUCGCGUGUUGUGAUGAAGAACGGAAGAGCGAAGAUUUUUUUUGCGAGGCGUCGAAGCAAUCCAAAGAAAAGGUUCACGAGGGAAAGUCGAUAUUUAAAGUCGUGGAAAAUUCGAAUAAAUGGAGUAUGAAGACGAUUGGAAAUGAGUGGAUCCAAAACGAGAGCAUUUAGAUGGACGCUGUGCGAGGUAUAUUUAAAGAUCUUUAGAAAUAUAGAAGUCUGAGAUAUUAAUCUCAUCUCGAGUGCUUUAAGCUUCCCGUUUAGUCAUUCCUUUUAUUCUAGAUUAGAUUCAAAUAUAAUUAAUGUGAAGUUUAAGUGUCUUAUAAAUCAGUAGUUUUCGAGUAAUUUAUAGUUACAAUCGAAGCGCUACCAAUGCUGCCGUUCCUACAGUUGGUACUGCAGGUAAAUUUAAAUGACUCACUGACAAUGGUAAUACAUUACAAAAGAUAUAGACUUCGAGUAGAUGAAUAAAUCUUCGACGAACAUGUUGCAAAAAUAAUAAUUAUACAUUAUUAUAAAGGAAAUUGAUGAUACUUUGCGCUCUGUCCAUCAGAUGUCGCUACCUACCUCGAAACUGUAAGUCCCUGCGAAAGAUUGCUCCAAGGACAUUGCGAACGUUUUGAAAUCAUACACGAAGGACAAGCUUCGAAAUAAAUCGAGUGUCCUCCAAAUAUUAUAUUCCAUCGCUAGAUAAUUGUCGAUAGCAGAAAUCGAUACCGGGGACGCGCGUUCUUCGAUAAAAUGGAGACGCUGGUCCUCCAGUUCGUGGUCCAUCGAUCGCCACUCAAACGAACUCCAGAAAACUCUUCCCAAAGUAACAGCGGACAUCGCUGCUCCCAGGAUCGAUAUUCGCCUUCACGCGUCGCAUCGAAUCGCCUCGAAUAACCCACGAGACCUAACUAAACAUUGACAACGUUUUCGUUCCACGUGCGACAAUUGCUUUCGUGGAAAAACUCGGCUAAUAUCGAAUGCCGCAGAUAUUGCACAUUAUUAUUCAAGUUUAUUAUUAUAACAAAGAAAGCUCGGAUAUUCUUGAAAAAUUUGGGGAAAGUUUGGGGAUAUUAGUAUCAAACAAACAGGUGGGAGGAGAGUAGUGACAUUAACGAAACGAUUGCAAUCGUUUGCGAUUAAAAAUACUACAGGGGUGAAUCAGGCAAUAUGGAUUGAAGAUGAUUGAGAAUGAUACCCAAUGACUCACGAUUCGCGAGUUAGAUUCAUCGAACGAUGACCCCAAAGUUGAACUGCAUCUUCAUUUCUCCAAAAAUAAAAUUGAUCAAUGAGCCCCCGAAUCUCCGAAUCGCCCGAAAGAAAGAUAUUCACGCUCGGCCGAAAAAGGAGAAAGGUCACGACAAGCGUAUGACCCCACGCGCGUGUUAAAAUAUUCCUCCCAUCGCGGGAGUAAAAUCGACACGGGUGUCGAGGGCCAAUUUACAAGCGAUCCGCGCUUAAGAAUAUCGCGCAAAACGGGAAGCGAUUUACGGGGCGAUCGUAACUGGUUCUCAAGGACAGAGCGAUAUAGGUUAACUCCGCGUGUCGUUGAAACGCGAAUAC